GACAAAAACUUACCCUAUUUAUUUCUUUAAAAUGGAAAUGGUUUGCUCAUUCAACUGAACAAAUGAGUUGCUACACAUUCAUCACCAAACUUCUCCAUCGUAACAAGAUCGAAGCGGAAUCUGAAAUUUUGGAGAACGAGAUGCCUCCCAGCGAGACGGAAAUCAUAACUUCGUUAAAACGCCUCCUAGAAGAGAAGAACCACGAGAUCAAACUCAAAGAGGAGACCAUUUCUUUACUGGAGAAGGAGCUCGAUGAUAAAGACGUACUUAUAAAACAUCUACAGAACGAAAUUGAUAAAUUUAGACAAGUGGUUCGACCUAUAACCCAGAAAAUUAUCACGAAACAGAUCAACCUCGGAGCGGAAAUAUGGCCAAGAGGAGGAGUUGAAAACAACAAGACACAAGCUUUGUCGGAGCCAAGGAUCAAGAGGCAGGCUAUUAGCGCUGAACCAUUGAAUUCGCAAGGCAAUGAUCUUCAUAUUACUAAAAUUCCUAAAAGUGCCAGUUCCCGAGAAUUAAUAAAGGCUGCGAUACUCGACAAUGACUUCAUGAAAAAUUUGGAAAUUACACAAAUCAGAGAGAUCGUGGACUGCAUGUACCCUGAAGAGUACAAAUCUGAGAGCAUCAUUAUCCGAGAAGGCGAUGUUGGCAGCACUGUUUACGUUUUAGAAGACGAACAGGGAAAUAUCCGAGUUAGAUCAGAAGGGGGAAUUAGAAAUGCUGUAUAUGCUCCUGAUGUUGAUGAAGAAAUCUUGGAAGCUUUCGAACGUGAUCCCACAAUGAGCAUUAGGAAAAUAGAGCGACAACUCCACGUUUCCAAGUGGAAGGUUUGGUAUGUGCUAAGAUUAUAUGGAAAACAUCCUUUUCACUAUACUCCUGUUCAAGGACCCGAAGAAGGUCUCUACGAAUAA